AUGCCCCUCAAGCCACGCAAUCUCAGUGACGACUCGCGGUUCUUCAUGACGACCGGCUUGGACCGUCCCGUGGUCAAUGGGUCCCCCGCCUUGGCCCCUUGCAAAGCCGAGCUUCACCUACCAGAUGGGCGUAUCGAGGAAUUGCCAAUAUUGGAGGGCACUCACGGUGACCAAUUCAUCGACAUUCGCAACCUAAGUACUCACACUGGUAUGUUUGCCUUCGACCCUGGUUUCUCUUGCACGGCCUCUUGCUCUAGUGCUAUCACCUAUAUAGACGGCCCGAAAGGCACGCUCUUGUAUCGAGGGUAUCCCGCUGCGGAUUUGGCUGAACACUCUGACUUCUGUGAGGUCUGUUUCCUGUUACUCAACGGGAAUCUGCCCUCACGUACACAGUAUAAAAAAUUCGAUGCGGCCAUGAAAGGGCACAUGAUGGUCCACGAGAAGUUCAAGGAAUUUUACGGCGGCUUUCAGUCCUCGGCCCAUCCGAUGGCUAUCAUGGUCGCCGUAGUGGGAGCGAUGUCGGCCUUCUACCAUGAUAAACUGGAUUGGAAGAAUCCUGCCCAUCGCGAUAUGGUGGCCCUCCGCAUAGUUGGCAAGAUGCCCACACUAGCGGCUAUGGCCUAUAAAACAGCCAUUGGGCAACCUAUAGUUUACCCCAAGAAGAAGUACAGUGUGGCAGAGAACUUCCUCUAUAUGAUGUUCUCGACUCCUAUGGAAGAGUACGAGAUCAAUCCAGUUUUCGCCAAGGCCAUUGACAAGUUCCUCAUAUUGCAUGCUGAUCAUGAGCAGAAUGCCUCAGCAGCUACGGUUCGAAUCGCGGGGUCGUCACAAGCGAAUCCUUAUGCAUGCAUUGCUGCUGGUAUCGCCUCUCUAUGGGGACCAGCCCAUGGGGGUGCCAAUGAGGCCGUCAUUGACAUGCUCGAUAAGAUCGGCACUAGAGACAAGAUUCCACAGUUCCUCGCCGACGUGAAGGCCAAGAAGGAUGGCGUUCGUCUGAUGGGAUUCGGUCAUCGCGUAUAUAAGAAUUUUGAUCCGCGUGCUACGUAUAUGAAAAAGUUGACCUACGAAGUGUUGGAGGCCUGUGGUUAUCGUGACGAUCCUCAGUUGAUGUUGGCCGUGGCCCUGGAAGAAGCCGCUUUGAGCGACCCUUACUUUGCCCAGAGGAAGCUAUAUCCAAACGUGGACUUCUAUUCGGGCAUAAUGUUGAGGGCCAUAGGAUUCCCAGUGAGCAUGUAUACGGUAUUGUUUGCUAUGGCGCGGUCUAUUGGAUGGAUAACUCAGUGGAGAGAGAUGGUGUCGGAAGGUCACUUAAGAAUUGGCAGGCCUCGGCAGAUCUAUGUUGGCAGUAGGAUGAGGGAGUACGUGCAUGAUAUGGAGGAUCCAGACCACCCAGACUCGGCCAGUGAGGCGUCCCUCGAGGGAGAGGUGGCCUUUGAUAUAGACAAGUAUGAGAAAUUGAAGCGUUUUGGAGAGUUCACCAGCCCUAGGCAAAAACGUUAA